GUCCCCGCCCCCGAGAGCGGAGGCUGGUGGGCCUCCGGGUUUGUGCUCGACUUGUCAUCCUCGUCCCCCUCCUCCUUACCGUCAUGCCGCUGUACGAGGGCCUGGGGAGCGGCGGGGAGAAAACAGCCGUCGUGAUAGACCUGGGAGAGGCCUUUACCAAGUGUGGAUUUGCUGGAGAAACUGGUCCAAGAUGUAUAGUUCCUAGUGUGAUAAAAAGAACAGGCUUGCCUAAGCCUGUUAAAGUUGUCCAGUAUAAUAUCAACACAGAAGAAUUAUAUUCCUACCUGAAAGAAUUCAUCCACAUACUGUAUUUCAGGCAUCUGUUGGUUAAUCCUAGAGACCGCCGAGUUGUGGUUAUCGAGUCGGUAUUAUGUCCCUCCCACUUCAGAGAGACGCUUGCUCGAGUUCUUUUCAAAUAUUUUGAGGUACCAUCUGUCUUAUUUGCUCCAAGUCAUCUAAUGGCUCUUCUGACUCUUGGGAUUAAUUCUGCCAUGGUCCUGGAUUGUGGAUAUAGGGAAAGCCUGGUGUUACCUAUAUAUGAAGGAAUCCCAGUAUUGAAUUGUUGGGGAGCACUUCCCCUUGGAGGAAAAGCUCUUCACAAAGAGUUAGAAGCUCAACUCUUGGAACAAUGUACUGUUGAUACAAGUGCUAUUAAAGAACAGAGCCUUCCUUCAGUGAUGGGUUCAAUUCCAGAAGGUGUCUUAGAGGACAUUAAAGUUCGUACUUGUUUUGUGAGUGAUCUGAAGCGUGGACUAAAUAUCCAAGCAGCAAAAUUUAACAUUGAUGGGAAAGCUGAGCGUCCUACACCACCCCCAAAUGUUGACUACCCAUUAGAUGGAGAGAAGAUUUUACAUGUCCUUGGAUCAAUCAGAGAUUCUGUUGUAGAAAUUCUUUUUGAACAAGAUAAUGAAGAAAAGUCAGUUGCCACAUUAAUAUUGGAUUCACUUAUGCAGUGCCCAAUAGAUACCAGAAAACAGCUAGCAGAGAAUUUGGUAAUUAUAGGUGGCACAUCUAUGUUGCCAGGAUUUCUUCACAGAUUACUUGCAGAAAUAAGGUAUUUGGUAGAAAAACCAAAAUACAAAAAAACACUUGGCACGAAGACAUUCCGGAUUCAUACUCCACCUGCAAAAGCUAAUUGUGUGGCCUGGUUAGGAGGAGCUAUUUUUGGAGCACUACAAGACAUACUUGGGAGCCGUUCAGUCUCAAAAGAAUAUUAUAACCAGACAGGUCGUAUACCAGAUUGGUGUUCUCUAAAUAAUCCACCUUUGGAAAUGAUGUUUGAUGUUGGGAAAGCUCAGCCACCUUUGAUGAAGAGAGCAUUUUCCACUGAGAAAUAAAAAUUUGUUUAAAAUUCAACUUCGUUUAAUUUCAAGUAUUUAAUCCAUUAUUAGCAAAUUACAUCAACUCUGUCCAAUGUUUUGUUAUAAGAAAUUUAGUGAAAAUGGAAACAUUUUUGUAUUUAUUUCUGCAUUAAUAUUUAACUCUUUACUUUCUCUUGUGUAUUGUAAAAUGGAAGCUGAUGCUUAUGAGAUUUGUUUGUUUACAUUAAUAAAAUAUAAUAAAGUAGUUUAA